AUGCUCAAAUGUUUGGAGAAAUUGCGGAACUCUUGGCUUGAUUUCCAUAAAGGGAGUGAUGUCGAAGAACCAGAAAUCGUUCGAUACUAUGGGUAUCCUUCAGAGGUGCAUAUCGUCAGGACCGACGAUGACUACAUUCUAGAACUGCAUCGAAUUCCUUAUGGAAAGCAUGGUGAGAUUAACCCCGAUCGACCGGUGAUUUUCCUGCAACACGGAGUAUUCUCUGAUGGUUUCGCUUGGACGGCAAAUUUAGCAAAUGAGUCGGCAGCGUUUGUCUUCGCCGACGCUGGCUUUGACGUAUGGAUGACGAACUGUCGCGGCACGCCGCCCUCACAGAAACACAUCGGUUAUGGACCAGAUGAUUCACGAUUCUGGAAUUUCACAUGGCAAGAUAUGUCAACAUUUGAUUUGACCGCCUCGAUCGAUUAUGUAUUGGACCAUACAAAACAGGAAAGCCUCUACUUUAUCGGCCAUUCCCAAGGAACCGUGCUGAUGUUCGCCAAGCUCGCAGAAGAUCCCAACUACUCUAAUAAGGAUCGUCAGUUUCACGCGCUGGCUCCAGUUGCGGACAGUUUCCCAUAUUGGAGGACUCUUUCGAUUAUUCGGCUACCGCUUGAAUAUUCCAGUUUACCCAUUGCUCAAGGAGUCUGCACAUUGGAUAUAGGUUUCAUCGACGGCACAGAGAAGAUGUUCAAUACGACUCGGGUCGGCACCUAUCUCUGCCAUAUGCCAGCUGCCACCUCGUCAAAGAACAUUCUGCACUGGAUUCAGGUAGUAAAAUCACGGAAGUUUGAAAAGUUCGAUUAUGGCGAGGAAGGAAACAUGCGAGAAUAUGGGACGAAAGAUCCGUACCAUUAUGAUGUGCGAAAAAUUCGUGCGCCGACGUAUCUUUACUGGAGCAAAGAUGACAUCCUUGCCGACACCGAAGAUAUACGAGAGGCGAUAUUAGAAAAGAUGAAUGAAACGAUCCGGGGCAGUUACGAGUUACCGCAUUACUCGCAUUUGGACUUCAUCUAUGCACUGAACGCCACCAACGAUAUUUACCAGCCCAUUAUCCAUCGCAUUCGAAAGGAUUUUGACUCGCGAAGAAUGCUUGUCAAUAAUAGAAUUCAUAAAUAA